UUCUCUCUCUCUCUCUCUCUCUCUCUCUCUCUCUCUCUCUCUCCUUUUUGAAAUUGGUAUUGUCUUUUUGGGGCUUCAUAACAUAGCGGCAUCUGGUUUGCGAAUUGGAUCUAGAAACAUACAUGUCUUCAGGGACAUCAUCGUAUUGGUGCUACAGGUGCAGUCGAUUUGUCAGGGUAUGGAGGCACGACACUGUGGCUUGUCCCGACUGCGACGGCGGUUUCGUUGAGGAGAUCGAGCCUCCGCCACGCUCCGUCAACCUCGGGUUCGAUCGUCUUCUAGAACAGCUGUCUCAGAUCGAGAUCAACGGUAUUGGGCGUUACGAGCACCCUCCGGCUUCAAAAGCCGCCAUUGAUUCCUUACCGACAAUCGAAAUCGAUGAGAACCACUUGGAUUUGGAAUCUCACUGUGCAGUUUGUAAAGAGGCUUUCGAGAUGGGAACUUCAGUGAGGGAGAUGCCAUGUAAGCAUAUAUACCACCAAGACUGUAUAUUGCCGUGGCUCACACUCCACAAUUCCUGCCCUGUUUGCCGCCACGAGUUGCCAUCCGAUAACCCCAGCAACAGCAGCGGUUCGCCGUCAUCGUCGGGGCACUCGGUUGCGUUGACCGAGGAUGAGAAUGUUGGGUUGACCAUUUGGAGGCUCCCCGGUGGAGGAUUUGCUGUUGGGAGAUUCUCUGGUGGGAGGAGAGGUGCUGAGAGGGAGCUUCCUGUCGUGUACACUGAGAUGGAUGGUGGCUUUAACAAUGGUGGUGAGCCCAGGAGGAUUUCUUGGUCUUCUAGAGGGACUCGAGGGCGGCAGAGUGGUGCCUUUCAGAGGUUUUUUACGAGUUUGUUUGGUUGCUUCAGUGGUAGGGGGAGCUCGUCGCGUUCUCGAACCGUGGAUCACUCUCCACACUCGAGAAGGACAUGGUCUAUGGAUGUAAACAGUGGAAUGAGGUCAUGGUGAAAGGAUUCUAUCUUGAAGAUUUCAGAUGUUGUGUUCUUUUCUCAAUGUACAUAUAUAAUGGAAUUUGAGUCCGGGUCCCAGAUGCAAUGCAAUCACACACUGAAACUCUACAUCUCGCUUAUGGGGGGACACCACACAGCAAUGGCAGAAACCAAAUUAGAUGAGUGGAAUAGACGAAGGAGAACCUUUGCGGGUAUUUGUGUAAUAAUAUUUUGGAGAGGGGGACAAUCAAGUAGAUAAGUAUCUUUGAUCUAGUUUGAUUAUUGAUAAGCUCAAGAAGCACCUUCAAUAUUGUUUUUUCAUUUUCCUAUGUUGCUCAAACUCUAGUUCAUAGCUCAGUAAACUUUUUAUCAUCUUUCAGAAUAUAGAUACAUGCCAUUAUUUCGAA